UAUCUUGAUUUGCCAAAAUUGUCAAAUUAGAACUAAUGUUCUCAAUCCUGUCGCGAACCACUCGUUUCUGCUACGACAGCCAUGGGGGGUAUCAAUCCAGUGCAGAAAAUGAGAUGGUGAAACAGACAAAGUCAUACCUUAAUGUAAUUAAAUAACCUAAAAUUCUGAUGAACAUCUUAAAAGAGACAAAGCAUACGUGAUUAAAAGAAUCGCAAUUGUUGAAUUUUGUAUAGGAUCGGUCAGGGCUAGAUGCAUAGGGGAAACCCAAAGCCAACCAUGCAUUUGAAAUUCAUUGAUACAGAUGAUCAGAUAUUCUCAUAUCAAUUUUCUUUUAAAGUAGUUGAGAUUUUAAACCUUUUUUAAAAUACGUAGUCUAUAAAAAUAUAAUAUAUGAGUCUGCUGUUAUGGUUGGGAGCAUCUAGGCUCAUUGCUCCCUGAAUCCCACAUGCCAUCAACAUUGGCUCGCAUCAAUACCCAGAUUAAGUUCCUUAAUAACUUAGAAGAAGCUUAAGUUCUUUACUAGAAUCAGAAGGUUCUUGCAAUCCAAAGCAGCUAGGAAGCAGUACGGGUCAUCAGCAUCUGAUCAUUCGAACAAGUUGAGAAUAGUAAACAAUACUGACGAAGAGGAAGAUCUGGUUGUAGAGAAAACUGAAAGUGAGCUCGAUGGUUCCAUGGCGUUGCAAAAAUCUGUGAAGAGACUUCACUUUGGGAGCUGGGAAGAGAAAGAGAUGGCCGCUAAGGCCAUCGAGAAACUCGCUCAAGAAGACGUUAAGGUUAGGAAGUUGAUGGCAGAGCUUGGAGUCAUACAUAUGCUUGUGUCUAUGGUGGAUACUGAGGUGGUUGGCCGCCGUCUAGCUGCCAUCAAGGCCUUGAUCGAACUUGCUGAUGGAACUUUUACAAACAAGGAACUAAUGCUAGAGGCCGGAAUACUAUCGAAGUUACCUAAGGACAUUGAUGCUGUAGACGACCAAACGAGGCAUGAAUUUGCAGAACUGUUAUUAUCAUUAUCAUCUAUAUCAAAUACCCCUUUCUCUCUAGCCAAAACUGAGGUCCUCCAGUUUCUUAUUGCCAUUCUUGAGUCGGCCACCAGCAUUGAAACAAAGGAGACCUGUUUAGGUGUUGCUUGUAACCUGUCUGCUGUGUUAGAAAAUGCUAGACCUUUGGUAUCUAACGGAACUGUGCACACUCUUUUGAAGCUAUCUUCAUUCAAAGAACUUUCAGAGAAAGCCCUUGCAGCACUAGGUCACUUGGUGCUGACCUUGAUGGGAAAAAAGGCUAUGGAAGAUAGUUCAAUGGUACCAGAGAGCUUGAUUGAGAUUCUAACAUGGGAGAACAAACCCAAAUGUCAAGAACUAUCAGCCUACAUUCUAAUGAUUUUAGCUCAUCAAAGCUCCACUCAAAGGGAUAAAAUGUCAAAGGCAGGGAUCGUCCCUGUGCUUCUUGAAGUGUCAUUAUUAGGAAGCCCUUUGGCUCAAAAGAGAGCCAUGAAAUUGUUACAAUGGUUCAAAGAUGAAAGGCAAGCAAAGAUGGGGCCUCAUUCAGGACCACAAACAGCAAGGAUUGCAAUUGGCUCACCUCUGCAUCCAAGGGAGGCUCAAGAAGGAAAGAAAAUGAUGAAGAAUUUGGUGAAGCAAAGUCUUCAUAAGAAUAUGGAAAUGAUCACCCGACGAGCCAAUGCUGCCGGCGAUUCUUCGAAUCUCAAGUCUUUGGUCCUCAGCACAAGCUCUAAAAGCUUGCCUUACUAAAAAAACUUUUUAUGUAAUUCUUUUGCAAGGGCCUGUAAUUAUUGCAAAUGAUGGGAAAGAAAGAUUUCCCAAAGUUAGAUGGAAGAAAUCAGCAACUUUGCGAGAGAAUGCAAUGCUUCUUCAGUAAUUAGCGUAUACAACAACUGUAUAUGAUCAUCAAUUCAUGACCAACAAAAGUAACAACGAAAAAAAUUCAAGAAA